AUGUGUGCCAGUUUUAAGGAAAUUAUUACAAGAAACGACAGCGAUGACGACUUGGAUGAAAUGGCAAAUUUAAGUGACAGUUAUGAUGACGAAAUACAGGUACCACACGAAUAUGUUCUACUGUCAUCAAAUUCGGAAGAUACAGAAAAUAGCCUAAAUAAUAGGAUAGUUAGUAGAUGUAGAAGGAACAGUAAACGGCAAAGAAUACUUAGCACAUCUACCGAUGAGGAUGAUUUAGAUUCAAAUUCGAAUUUAGAAAGAUUCGACUUGAAUGAAGUGCUUCCAACGUUAUCAUGGUCGAAAAACGAUUUCAAGCCCACACUACAUGCAUUUAACGACAACAAUUCUGGAGUAAAAGGAAAUUUAACUCCAGAAGCUACGCCUUUGGAUGCUUUUCAACUCUUCUUUUCGGAAAGGUUAAUUUCACAUAUUACCGAGGAGACGAACAAUUAUUAUAAAUUUGUUAUUGAAAAUACUACAUUUAAAACGUAUUCUCGUAUCAAUACUUGGAAAGAUACAUCAAUAUGUGAGAUGUACGGAUUUUUAGCUAUUACGAUGUUAAAGCCGCGGGUGAAGAAACUGGCUCUAAAAGAGUAUUGGUCGACCGAUGACAUGUUAAAAACUAAUAUUUUUCAAAGAACUAUGGCGCGAGACAGAUAUAUGAUAUUAUUGCAAAUGUUGCAUUUUAAUGAUAAUAAUGUAGAAAGUGAUGAUCCAUUGAUAAAAAUACGAUCAAUAAUUGAUACUCUGAAGAACUCUUUCUCACAGUCAUUUUAUCCGUACAAAGAUUUGUGCAUUGACGAAAGCCUUAUGUUAUUCAAAGGCCGGUGUUACUAUAAACAAUUUAUACCAUCUAAAAUAAGUAGAUUUGGUAUAAAGUCAUUUAUCCUGUGCGACUGCACCACAAACUAUAUAUUAGGUUAUAUAGUAUAUACCGGAAAAAAUACAGAUAUUGUAGAUAAUUCUACAACCAUUGGGAAAUCGGCAGAUGUUGUUAUGACACUUUUACAUCCAUAUCUUGGAAAGGGCCAUACAUUGAUAACUGAUAAUUGGUACACAAACCCGCAUUUGUAUAAUGUACUUCAUAAACAUAAAACUAAUGCGUUUGGGACAGUACGGAAAAACAGAAAAGAUAUGCCCCAUAUCGAUGGAAAAUUGACAAAAGGGAAAUUUGACUACAGGUGUACAAAUAAUUUAUUGGCAUUGAAGUGACGAGAUAGAAAAGAUGUAUGGGUGUUAUCAAGUGCUCACGAACCGAAAAUGAUAGAAUCUGGUGGAAGAAAUUGUCUUACAGGAUCGCCCAAGUUAAAACCAGAAUGUGUUGCAGAUUAUAACAUCAAAAUGAGCUUUUACCGCGUAGAUCGCGCUGACAUGGUUCUAAGUACAAUAAAUUUAUGCAGAAAAUGUCUAAAGUGGUAUAAGAAGUAUUUUUUCCAUUUAGUAGACAUCUCAACACAUAACUCGUAUGUCCUGUAUGAACGUGUGACUGGUAAAAAAUUAAAAUAUAACAAUUUUCAUCUGUCACUAGUCAAACAAAUUCUGCAAAAAUACCCUCAAAAUAGAAAACAAGCGGGUGGUGGCAAAAGUAGCGUAGAAAGCCUACCAUUUCGUUCGACUGAGAGACAUUUCCCUUCAAAAACUUGAGAUGCAGAGAGAAAAUCGGCAAGAAGGAAAUGUGUUGUCUGUAGAAGACAGCAAAGAAGGAAGGAUACACCAUAUGAAUGUAAAAAAUGCGACGUCGGAUUAUGUGUUGAUACUUGUUUUGAGAUUUAUCAUACGCAAAUGAAUUAUUAA